GAUAAUAGAUUCUGACUGAAUGCUAAUUACUGGUGAGUUGUUGGAGAGACGGUGUAAGAAGGGAUGAUUUGUUUUAAAUUAGUCACUAGUUGUAUUGUUAAGGACUGAAAGUUUAGAGCUGUGUUGUACAGGUGCCAGGCCCACAAAAUCCUUAUGAUGGAUGGCCCUACUCACUGACAGUUCUAAGAGGAAGACUCAAAUCAAACCCAACGUGUGUGGCUGAAAGACUUCUUUAAUGAAAUCGGUAUUUUUUGUUAUAAUACUGAGACUCUCUGCCCUUUAGGUUUGAAAAGAUGGGGAAUCUGGAUUGUUAGGUUAUCGGUGCUUUCUCAGCUGCAAGAUCUGAAACAUUGCCAAGGCUGCUCACACUAAGGAGAGACACAACCUGGCACGCAAUCAGACUUUUUGCUUGUAGUUGCUCUACGAGCUCAAAUUUUUAAUCUAAUGUUGCACAGAGAAAAAAAAAAAACUGAGCCAAAAAACUUUUUUUCUUUCUGAAAAAUGAUACUGUUGACACCAAAGCAAAGCAAACCGCUAUUUUUGAAGGUGUGUUUUACUUUGCAUUUUUAAAAAAAUAGUCCUCAAAGGCUUUCUUUCUUAGUUACUUUCAAUCCUGGCUUCCCUCCAUUAUUCAUUUCCAUUUUCAGCAAAGAGAAAAGGUGAGUUAAUGAUUCAUUGGCUCCCAGUGACCUUUUGAAUAACUGGACUGUGAUGUAUCAGUGUUGCUUCUAGUUUUCUCUCUCUUGGGCUCUCUCUCUUUAAAAGCAAAGAAGCCACCCCCCUCCUAGUUUAGCUUUAAUAUUUACAGGCUGCGCUAUCUACAUGCCUGGAUGCCCGAAGGGAACACAGCAUUUACUGCUUUUCCCUCCCCUGAGUUAGUGAGCUAUUUGAUCCUGCCCCAUUCCUUCCUUGACUUUGCAUCACACUUCGACUUGACUGCCUUGGAAGAGGGUUUCCAGAAGAUCUGUUUGAUUGAACAGAGAGGAUGGAUUCAGAUUCAGACUCACCUUUUAACUACUCGUGGCCUUCAUUUCCUAAAAUGAAGAUUCGACGAAGGGCAUCUAGACAAGAACGACACCACUCUUUCGAUGUUCUCAAAAAAUCUAAAAAUUCAACUUUCCUUGCUGCAUCUCAGCUUUCCAACAUGCUCAAUGGCGGUGAUGAAGUCUAUGCAAAUUGCAUGGUGAUCAAUCAGGUUGGUGAUUUGGAUAUUAAUUAUAUUAAUGUGGAGGGUCUGACUGCCCAAUCCAGCCCAGAAUCCAUGAAUUCAACUUUGCUAUCUCAGAACUGUGCACAUGGUUUGCCCAAGGAAACCAGCCAAGAUAUUGCAUUAAGUGAAAACAGUCAAGUAGCAGUAAACAGUGGAGGUCGACAGCCUUUCCUGUCUCCUACCAGUUUGUGUACAGCAAGUUCACGUCUUCCCUUCAACCUGCGGGAAUUUGAAAAGGAGCAAAAUCAAUUGAAGAAAAGAAGUUCAAGCCUUGAUGCCUUGGAUGCUGACAGUGAAGGGGAAGGGAAUUCUGAACAGACCCAUAUCUGCUGUCCUCCAGAGGCCCACAGUUCCUCAGCACCAGGGACCACAAGUGGGGAUGAGUUGGACUCAUUUGAGACUAAUGUUGAACUGGAUUUUAACAUCAGUAGAACUGAAUCCCUUUCAAUUUCUAACAAUCUACAAUCAAAGGAUUCACUCCUCUCUGGACUCCGUUCACGUUCCUAUUCCUGCUCAUCACCCAAAAUUUCCUUAGGAAAAACCCGUUGGGUACGUGAUUGUACAGUGUGUGAUUCAAGUGAAGAGCAAAGAGCUUACAGCUUAUCGGAUCCAUCACGAGAGAAAAGGAUUCAAGAGGAGGAAUGGGAUAAAUACAUCAUACCUGCCAAAUCAGAAUCGGAAAAGUACAAAGUGAGCCGCACAUUUAGCUUUCUCAUGAACAGAAUGACCAGCCCUAGGAAUAAAUCUAAGACAAAGAACAAGGAUGCCAAAGACAAAGAAAAACUGAAUCGACAUCAGUUUGUCCCCGGGAUGUUCUCGGGGGUUCUACCAUGUUUUGUUUGUGAUAAGCCCCUUCUGGGAAAAGAGUCAUUCCAGUGUUCUAUCUGUAAUGCAAGUGUACAUAAAAGCUGUAGAGAAUGCACCCUUCCAUGUACCAAGAAACUCCAGGAGAGAUAUCACAACAAGAACAGACCACAAGCCAUCCUUGGAAAUUCUUCAUUUAGGGAUAUUCCUCAUCCCAAUUCCUCUUCUCUGCACCCUUCUUCUUCCAUGCCUAUUGGCCUCCCUACAGGAAAAAAAGAAGCUACAUGUCCAGGGCACUCACUGUCGAGAAGUGUUCCUGGGGCCAGCCUAGAAAGUUUCCGAAGGUCAGUGACAUCUUUGGAAUCAGAUGCUGACAGUAACAACUGGAGGACUAGGUCACAUUCUGAUGAGCUGUUACAGUCAAUGGGAUCCUCUCCCUCCAUGGAUUCAUUUAUAAUGGAAGAAGUUGUUGAUUUGUCUCUGUGGAGUGAUCUCAGCUCAGAUGCACAGGAGCUUGAAGCGGAAUCUUGGAGUCUUGCAGUAGAACCAGCAUUUUGCAGCAAGCAGGAAAAAGAUGUCAUCAAAAGACAGGAUGUCAUUUUUGAGUUGAUGCAAACUGAAAUGCAUCACAUCCAGACCCUGCUCAUCAUGUCUGAAAUAUUUAGAAAAGGAAUGAAGGAAGAACUCCAGCUUGACCAUAGCACCGUGGAUAAAAUAUUUCCCUGUUUAGAUGAGUUACUAGAGAUUCAUAGGCAUUUCUUCUAUAGUAUGAAGGAGAGGAGGCAGGAAUCCUGUGAAGGCAGUGACAGAAAUUUUAUCAUCAAUCGAAUUGGAGAUAUCCUGGUGCAGCAGUUUUCAGAAGAAAAUGCAAAUACAAUGAAGAAAAUAUAUGGAGAAUUUUGUAGCCAUCAUAAAGAAGCCGUCAGUCUCUUCAAAGAGUUGCAGCAGAACAAAAAGUUUCAGAAUUUCAUCAAAGUACGUAAUAGUAACCUUUUGGCUCGACGGCGUGGAAUUCCUGAGUGUAUUCUAUUGGUCACUCAGCGCAUCACAAAAUACCCAGUUUUAGUAGAAAGAAUACUACAGUACUCCAAGGAAGGGACUGAAGAACACAAAGACUUGUGCAAAGCUCUUUGCUUAAUUAAGGACAUGAUUGCUGCAGUGGAUUUAAAAGUCAAUGAGUAUGAGAAAAAGCAAAAAUGGCUGGAGAUCCUGAAUAAAAUAGAAAACAAAACUUAUACAAAGCUUAAAAAUGGCCACGUUUUCAGGAAGCAAGCUCUGAUAAGUAAAGAAAGGACUUUGUUAUAUGAUGGUCUAGUUUAUUGGAAGACUGCCACAGGCCGAUUCAAAGAUAUCCUUGCUCUGCUUCUAACUGAUGUGCUACUCUUUUUACAAGAAAAAGAUCAGAAAUACAUCUUUGCAGCAGUUGACCAGAAGCCAUCUGUUAUCUCCCUUCAAAAGCUGAUUGCUAGAGAAGUAGCCAAUGAAGAAAGAGGGAUGUUUCUCAUCAGUGCUUCAUCUGCUGGCCCUGAGAUGUAUGAAAUUCAUACCAAUUCUAAGGAAGAGCGUAAUAACUGGAUGAGGAGGAUACAACAAGCAGUAGAAAGUUGCCCAGAGGAAGAAGGGGGAAGGAUGAGUGAAUCUGAUGAGGAUAAAAAGAAAACUGAAGCAAGAGUAGCUAGAAUCCAGCAAUGCCAAGAGCUACUUAGAAACCAGGACCAACAGAUCUGCACAUAUUUGGAAGAAAAAUUACAUAUCUAUGCUGAACUUGGAGAAAUGAGUGGACUUGAAGAUGUGCAUUUAGAACCUCAUCUCCUUAUUAAGCCUGACCCAGGAGAAGCUCCUCAGGCAGCCUCAUUAUUAGCAGCAGCACUAAAGGAAGCUGAGAGCCUCCAAGUUGCUGUGAUGGCCACACAAACAGGUGAUACAAAUCAUUCAUCAGAGGAGAAUUGUGGAGAACUGGGCUCGACAGACACACUCCAGGCUAGCGAAGUACUUGCACCUUCUACUGCUUCACAAGUUAUCGAAGGAGAAGGAAGAAGAGAAUCUUGUGAUUUGGAUUCCUGUAUCCGUGGUAUUGUAAAUAACAUGACAAGCCCUGAUGCAGGGGAGAAGGCUGAAUACAUAGAUUUUCCAGGUUCAUCACAGGCAGAGAUUAUACAAGCCAUCCAGAAUCUAACCCGUCUCUUGUAUAGCCUUCAGGCUGCCCUGACCAUACAAGACAGUCACAUUGAGCUCCAUAAGUUAAUUCUCCAGGACCCUGAGAGAAUGCCCCAUGGUUUAUCUCUCCGGGGUGGACUGCUCCAGGAGCAAGAAAAAUCCCGCCACUUGGAGAAACAGCGGGAAGAGCUGGCCAACAUCCACAAGCUACAGCAUCAGUUCCAGCAGGAGCAGCAGCGUUGGUACCGCAAAUGUGACCAGAGGCAGCGGGAGCAGGAGGCAAAGGAAAAAUGGCUGCUGGAGCGUGAGAAGGAAUGUCAAAGUCAGGAGGAGAUGCUCAGUCGGAGUCGAGGGGAGCUAGAUCAUCAGCUUCAGGAGUAUCAGCAAAAUCUUGAGCGGCUAAGAGAAGGUCAGAGGAUGGUGGAGAGGGAAAGAGCGAAGGUCAGGAUCCAGCAGAAUCUCCUUUGUCACUGGAAACACAGUCGGCAGAGUAGUCUCCCUGCAGCCUUUUCUCCAGGAAGCAAUGAGGUAACAGGCCUUAAUCGAUCGGACAGCUUCUGCCAUGAGAAUUCAUUCUUCAUAAAUGAAGCUUUGGUACAUAUGUCACUCAACACUGUCAACAAAUCAAACUCAUCUGGAGUACACCAAGAUAUCAUAUUCCCCUUAAAUAUCUCAAAUUCUGAUUUAACAAGGACUAGUGAGAACCAGACAGACCUCAAGAUGGACCUUUCUUAUCACUCCAAUGUUACACAUGAACUAUGGAGAGCUACUGAUCCUGGUCAUCAGGUACCUAAUCUCCUCCGAGGCAACAAGGAUUGUUGUAACAAUGAUUUGGAGGAGAAUCAAAGUCAGUGCUCAAAAACAUACAAUUCAAAUCCUGGAAGUGUUCAGCCCUGGCAGGGUCCUGAAGCUAAGUUGAACUUGCCGUCCACAAGCUUACAUGAUGGGGACAAUGGUGAUGGAAUUGAAGAAAAUAUUGUUUACCUCUGAUUGUGUGUUGUCAUUGAUUUUUGUCAUAGUUUUUUCAAACAAAACAUUAGCACUUUGGAGAUAAAGUUGUAAUUUUUGCUUUCCUGUUGUGCGUAGUUGCUGUCCAUAAGAACUAUCUGCUUUAAGAAUUGUAUUUAAUAUUCUGUGCAAAACCUGUUUUUGACAUGAGUAUAACAAUUAAGUUAUUUUAAAAACACUCCUCUUUUUAAAAAACAAUCUUUAACUUAUCAAAGCCCCUUACAGAUGUCUGAUGGGGAAAUCCAAUUUAAAAAAGAAAUAUUUAAAUGUCAUAAUGACAAGAAUUUCAAAUUGUAUUUUUAUCAUCUCGAAUCUCCAAAUUUCUCUUAAAACUUGGAUUUAUAAAAGUUGUAAAGAGUUCCAUGUUUGGUGGAAGUACUUUUUUUUUAAGCCAUAGGCACCGUUUUACAAAAACCUGUGACUACAGAAGACUGAGGAGAAUAGGAGAAUCCCUUUCUCAGCUGCCCUAAAUGUGCUGUUCUCACUUGAGAGCACAGAGAUGAGUGAAUCCUUGAAAUAGAAUGACUGUGGUUAAGUGGUUACAAUGGAUCUUCAAGCUACAAUCUAGUAUCUUCUUUCAACAUAAUCAUCCAAAAGGAUCAGCGAUACUCACCAGUCAACCAUGACUCAUGAAGUGGAAUUCUUGUUAGAGACUUGGGGGAUGCCAUCCUUUCCUGUGUUGUCUAGAAAAUAUGGACAUCCACUUGCCACUCAUCAAAUAAAACCCUUCAGUUGUUUUAAAGGGAAAAAAAACAAACUGUGCUACAGCUAUGAAGUCCAGUGCAUGUCUUCUUCUUUUCCAGAAAGGAAAAAUAGCAGUCCCUCUUCUUUCCCCCCAUCUUCAAUGUAAUAUCAGUCUUUGUGUGGUAGAAAUAAACCAGGAAAUAUUUUCAAAUCUUGUUCUUCAGAAAAUUUGUAUACUUUUUUGUCAGUGUCAAUAAAUAUCUUAUGCCUCA